AUGUCAGACGAUGAACAUGUUAUAAACUUUUAUAGACCAAACGAGAUUCCAUAUGGCCCAUUUUCAAAUUUCUCUCGUCAUACUGUUUUUUAUAAUAAUGUUUUGGCAAAAACAUCAGAACACAUUUUUCAGGCUAUGAAAUUCGAAGGCACACAACAUUUUAAUGAUGUUUUAAACACCAAAACCCCUGGUGAUAGUGCUAAAAUGGGUAGAGAUCGUAAACGUCCAUUGAGAAAAGAUUGGGAAGGUGUUAAAGAUGAACUCAUGUAUGAAAUUUGUUUAGCAAAAUUCUCUCAACAUAAAGAUAUUCAAAAAAUUUUAUUAGAAACAGGUGACGCCACACUUGUCGAACAUACUGGAAAUGAUAGUUAUUGGGGUGAUGGUGGUGAUGGUUCAGGUAGAAAUCAAUUAGGUAAAACUUUAAUGAGAGUCAGAGAAACAAUUAAAAAUAAUAUCAAAAAUUAG